AUGUCUUGUUCCUCUCUCCCCUUUGUCUCUCGGCUUUCCCUUUGUCCUUUCGCUCUUUGUAGACACGCUCGCAUCCACAGCCAGGAACGCCCUUUCAUCUGCCACUUUCGCGAAUGCGGCAAGACUUUCAUCCAACGUUCGGCGUUGACGGUCCACAUCCGUGUUCAUACUGGCGAGCGCCCUCACGUCUGCGAAUCCUGCAGCAAAGCAUUCUCUGACUCGAGCUCGCUCGCACGUCACAGGAGGAUUCACACUGGCCGACGUCCAUACAAGUGUCUUGUGUCAGGAUGCGGCAAAUCCUUCUGUCGCAAGACCACGCUGACCAAACACACGCGCCGCAACCACGCUGACGCAGAGGGGACGUACAUUGGCCAUGGCGGGUCCGCUACCAUCCUGAGCAACUCGCUCUCCAUCGGCCGAUACGCUUUGCCGCCUCACAGUCGCUCCACCUUCCCGCAAGGCCUGGAGAACCACUACUUUGCAGGUCUCAAAGUCGAACAAGACCCCAUGUCUGCCCCUCCUGCCUAUGAGGGCUUCCAGAUGCACGAGUAUCCCAGCACACCUUACAGCGCCCCUGCCAUGUCUUCCUGCCCUUCAUCUAGCGCCAGCUACGAUGGCUUUGACAUGCAGCGAAGAGCCAGCGCCAUGUCCGGCUACCUCUCGAGCAGCUCGCACGGCUUUCACGGCCCUACGAGCCACAGCAGCCGAAUGUGCCCUACGCCCAACACACUCACACCUGCUUCCGAAAUGUCGCAUUUCCCUUGCACCCCCGACUUUCGCGACACUAGGACCUUUGAAUCGUCCGUCUCUGGUCGUGCUCAGUUCAACCAUCUCUCUGUAGCUACCAUGUCCUGUGGUCCUUACGGCUCAGAUGCUCACCCAUCCGCGACGGGCUUCCACGGUGGUGAAAUGGCUGCAUCUCAGCAGUUCUCUAUGAUGGCCAACGGUUGUGUCGUUGAUACUAAGGAUGCCAGCAACAUUGACCCCAACCUGUGGAACAAUGGUGCUUCUGCCGGUGGGCCCGUUUCGAGCGUUGGGUCUCAAUUUUACGAGAACAUGCAGCCGAGGCAGAGCUUGGAGCAGCAUCAACAACAGCAGCAGCAGCAGCGACCUAUGAGCGCCACCGACUUUUCGCAGGAGCAUGCAACCAGCAACGAACGAUUCGGUCCUUACUUUCUCAGGUCUGCGACUCAGCACCAAGUCGCUUCUUCAUCAUGA